AUGCUAAUGACAACCGGCUCUAUAGAGGAGAGACAGAGAGAGCAGCGGAGAUCAGAUUGGGAGGCCUGUCUGUUCUCUGAAGGUCUGACAGACUCUCAGUGCACAUCAGCAGUGCCGAGAACUCAACCAGCCACCGUUUACCAGCUCACCGUGAAAGACCUGCUGCUCUCCAACAUCGGAGAAGCUUCGAAACCCUCCACCCAGCAAGAACUGAUUCUCAAUGAAGAUGAGAAGAAACUUUUAGCCAAAGAAGGAGUCAGUCUUCCCAGCCAACUGCCACUUGACAAGUACGAAGAGAAGAUUUUGAAGAAGAUUCGGAGGAAAAUCCGCAACAAGCAGUCAGCGCAGGAGAGCUGCAAGAAAAAGAAGGAAUAUAUAGAUGGACUGGAGGGCAGGAUGGCUGCCUGCAGCGCUCAGAAUCUGGAAUUACAGAGGAAAGUCUUCCAGCUGGAGAAAACCAACACGUCUCUGAUGGAGCAGUUACGCUGGCUGCAGUCUCUGGUGAUGAACGGCUCCAGUAAACCGGCUCAGACGGGAACCUGCAUCCUGGUGCUGGUCCUCUCUUUCUCUCUCAUUCUCAUCCCGAGCCUCCAGCCCAUCUCACACAGGAGGGCCCCUGACCCCGGGGACUUCAGCGCCGUGAAAGUUCAGUCCAGGUCACUGCGCUCGGUGAUGGAGGUGUACAGCAUCCAGCCUGGCUACUCAGUCAACAGGGAUGUGGACGUGUCCUCUUCCCCUCACGGCAAGCUUCGGCUCAGGCCCGAGUACGCCGACAUGGACCCUUUACAUCACAACCACAGCUACAGAGACGGCGAGCAUCAUCACGGAGAUCCCAUCACGGGCCAUGCCGCCACACUGAGGUGGAUUACGCAUCAUGAGAAAGACAGGAAGUGAUGUCACGGAAUGGCGAACAUUGAAACAGACGUUUGACCAAGGUAUCGCCGCUCAUUCCGGCCACAGACAGGAAGUUAGCAGCCAACUGCUGUUUGUUUUGCUUGCUAGGUGCAGGUUUAUCUGAAUAGAUUACACUGCAAUAACAGACCGGAACUGUAAAAUAUAAAAUGUUUCGAAAAUGUAUAUAUUUUAUAGAUUCUUUAGU